AUGCAAGGAAUAAUAUUCCUAGUCGCCAUAUUCCUCACUAUUCAUUCUGCACUUUCAGAAGAAGAUGAGGAAUACAAUGAUGUGUCUCCGCCAUUACCAAAAAUAAAUUUAGACUCCAACUUACGAAGAGCUCUUUUAAAAGCUUUAACUGAACUUGAAAAUGAAGAAAAAGAAAAAGCUCAGUAUAGUGUAGUUAGCAAUUCCGAAGAAAAGAUAGUGGAAAAGGCAUCAGCAGCCUCAGUCUCGAUAUAUGCUAACGCUGAUUCUGUAACAGCUUCACCAACUCCACCUAGUACGACAAUUAACACUGACCAAACUACGUCAGAAACGUACAACGUAAUUCUUCAGAAAAGUGAAGCGAUUCAACAAAAACCAAUUACAAACCUUGAACAAGGUGAAGAUGCUGAAAGUAUUUUAACCAGCGCUUCUAACAAUUUCGCAGAUCAAUCUUUUGGUAAAGAUGCUCAAUCCGAAAAAAGUGAAGCAAAUAGUCAAAACUCUAUAUUUAACUCCGAAAAAACAACAACAAGACUUUCUAAGCCUCAAACUACUACCAUUCCUCCUCCCAAAGUAUCCACAGAAGAGAGUGAAGCUAAAGCUGAAGAUGUACAGUUCUUUUCAGCUCCUUUAGUAGCAGCAUUUACUGUACAUCAAGAUGAAUUGGGUUUACCUAAAAGAGUUGAACCUAUUUUCAGGCUAGCUAAAACUGCAGAAGAAAUAAGAAUUGAAAACGAACAACUUAAACUAGUUAAAAAAUUCGAAGAAGAAAAAAUUGCUAAUGAGCAGAUUCGACUAGAAGAACUGCGAAAGACCCGCGAUAAACUCCAAAUCCAGCAAAAGCAAAAGGCAUUGGAAGAAGAGAUAGUACGUUUAAAUUUAAACUUAAAACAACAACAGGACUUUUUAUUAAGACAGCAAGAAGAUUUUCGUCUUCGCAAUAAUGCUCAAUCAUUUGGACCAAUUAUUAACCCCCAAUUCUCCACCCCUUCACCCGUAUUGAAUUUGGUCCAACAACUACCGUCUUCUGCUAGUCAAGUAUUUAAACCAAACUUAAAUUUAGUUCAACAAUUACCCGUUGUAUCUAACGUACAGCAGUUUAAAGCUCAAGCAGUAACUAUACAGCCAAGUUUGUCAUUUAAUUCAUUACCAGAUGGUGGAAAACUGCCACAUAAUGCUCAAUUUCUUCCAGUAAAGGGCCCAGUAGAUUUUAGAACUCCAUUCGCUGCAAAUAAUAUUAACCAAGCGCAUUUUCCUCAGUCAAAUAGUUUUAAUCAACAGACAUCCAACACGGUAAAUCAACAGAAUCAAAACAGCAACAGAUUUUUUAGACAGAACAACGCCUUUGGUAACUUUGGAACAAACGAUUUUAGUACCAAUACAAAUUCUUUCUCAAUUCAACCAGCAAUUCAACAAAACUUUAAUAAUGGUCAAAGUAACAGAUUCUUUAGAUCAAACACUGAAUCUACUUUAACAGCACCUCAGUUUCUUCAGCCACCUCAUCUUCCAACACACCAACAAAGUAAUCGAUUUUUUAGGUCUAACUUAGAAAAUCCAUUCAAUUCCAAUCAAGCUAACAACAAUUAUCAGUUAUCAAAUCUGUUAUACACAUCUGGAGCAUUUCGAGGAAAAUCGCCGGAAGAUCUUAGCCUUAUCAGUAAAGUUUUAUCCCUAAACCAUGUUGGUGGUAGAAAUCCAGGAAUUUCACUCAGGCCAGAACUGCAAGGAUCUUUUGGAAGGAACUUUUAA